AAGGGGUGAUGUCAUCUCUCCAGAGCAGCGAAUGAGAAGCAGGAGGGAGGGAGGAGAGACAGCGAGAAGGUUUGUGUUUUUCUCUAUCACUGCAGCAUCCUUGCAGAGCAGCCUAAAACACGACUCCCCUAAGCGGAUAGACAGAGAGAAGACACUGAAGACACAUUGGAUAGGAGAUAAAGAGAGGAAGACAGGAAGAGAGAGAGAGAGAGAGAAGACCGCACCUCCAGAGUGACCAGGAAACAGAGAGGCUGUUGGACGAGACACACACCGACAGAUACGCCAACACACACACACACGUGUGUCAGUCUGUUUUUGACCGAGGUUCCUGGUGUGUGUGUGUGGGUGUUUGAGGGGUUGAGGGUGUGUGUGUGUGGGUGUUUGAGGGGUUGAGGGUGUUUGUUGUGUGUGUGGUGUUGAUGGGACAGUAAGAUAUGUGUGCAUCUCAUUAUGAAAGGGCCAGUAGCCCCCCUGCUCUCCUCCUCCUCCCUCUGUUCCUCCUCUCCUCCUCUCCUCCACUCGCUCAUGCAGCCAUCCAGAUUCCCAAAGACUACAAAGUACAGAACAUUUUACAGCCUCCCAUUCUGACAAAGAUGCCUGAGUCCUAUACUGCCUUUUCAUUGGACGAUAUCAUACUGCCCUGCGAGGCCACCGGCACCCCCAAACCCAGUUUCCGCUGGGUAAAGGAUGGUCAGAAGUUGAACUGGAUGGAACACAAGGGUUCUGGGAAUUUCACAGCCAAUGGCGACAAGCCGCUCAGCGAUUAUCAAGGACACUACCGUUGCUACGCCGACAACACCCUGGGAACAGCCAUGACACACACCGUCAAACUCAUCACUGAACCGACGCCGACCCUCCCUAAGCAGAAGAGUUUUCGUAAAACAGCAGAGGAAGGAGACAGUGUUGUUCUCCAUUGCAACCCUCCCAAGAGCUCCACAAUCCCUCACAUACACUGGAUGGAUAAGAAACUGCUCCAUAUAGGUCAGAGUGAGCGUGUGACAACAGGUCUGGAUGGGAACUUGUACUUUGCCAAUGUGUUGAAGAACGACAGUCGAGAUGACUACACGUGUCAUGCUCAAUACAUCGCUGCCAGGACCAUCCUGCCUAAAGAACACAUCUCGCUCACUGUCACACCUAGUAAUGACGUGGCUCGUGGCAGGAAGCCCCACCUGAUGCAACCUCAGGGCUCCCACAGCUCUUACCUGGCCCUCAGGGGCCACAGCCUGGUACUGGAGUGUAUACCUAAAGGACUUCCUACUCCUUCGGUGAUGUGGAAGCGUAUGGAUGGUAAUCUGUUGGAGACAGGAGCCAGGAUAGAGAACCACGGCAGGUGGCUUCAGUUCGACAGUAUAACCCAGGAGGCAGACGGAGAGUAUGAGUGUCUGGCUUCAAACACACACGGAUCCGUCACACACACCUACACUGUCACUGUGGAAGCUGAGCCAUACUGGGUGAAGGAGCCCCUGUCGCUGUUGUAUUCCCCUGGGGAGACAGUGAGGAUAGACUGCCAGGCCGAGGGCAUCCCCACCCCUACUAUCACAUGGAGUAUGAACGGAGAGCCUGUCACAGAGGUAGACAUUGACCCUAGGCGAAGGGUGAGUGGAGGGGUGUUGAUCCUAACAGAUCUUGUGUUCAGUGAUACGGCUGUGUACCAGUGUGAAGCCACCAACAAACACGGAAACAUCCUCAACAAUACAUACAUCUAUGUCAUCGAGCUGCCAGCUCAGAUCCUGUCGUCUGAUGGGGUGGUGUAUAAGGCUACAGAGGGGGGCGUGGCCAGACUGCACUGUGAGGCCUUCGGGUCACCCCGUCCACAGGUCACAUGGGAGAGUGAGGAUCUCCAGGACUUGUUGCUGUCGGACAGUCGUGUGUCUCAGCUGACCAAUGGGACGCUAGAGCUGUUUAACAGUAGCAGAGAGGACAGUGGAGUCUACACCUGCUCCAUUACACACAGCAAUAUCUCCAUCACUGCUCACCUGGAGGUCCUCAACCGUACAGUGAUGCUGAUCGGUCCCCAGGCUGUGCGGGUUAGGAGGGGAAGAAACUCCUGGUUGGACUGUCAUUUCACCUUUGACCCCCAGCUGAACCGUCCCCAGAUCCUCUGGAGGAAAGACGGACACAAGAUCAUAGAGUCACCACCUGGCGACAAGUACACUGUGUUUGAGAAUGGAACCCUCAGAGUGACAGACGUCCAAUCAGCAGACGGAGGGCUGUACUCCUGUGAGGUCAUCACAGAUCUGGACAGUGUAAUGGCCAGCGGUUCCAUCACUGUAGUGGCCCGUCCCAGCCCUCCAGUGUCUCUGUCUCUGUCUGAACAGCAGGACCGCAGCCUGACUCUCAGCUGGACACCUGGACACACACACAACUCCCCCACCACAGAGUUUGUGGUGGAGAUGAGGGAGGAGCAACAUUCUGAGGGGGAGGGGAAGUGGGAGGAGGCAAAGAGUGUGACUGGAGAUGUCAAUAAUCUGGAGUUGUCCCUCCUCCCGUACUCCACCUACCGUUUCCGGGUCAGCGGGGUCAACGACCAGGGGAGGAGCAACCCCUCAGAACCAUCUGAGACUUACAGCACCCCACCAGCAG